AAGAGAGAGGCAGAGGGAGAGGCAGAGAACGCUGGCAGUCGGCUUGCCUUGCAUAACAUACGCUGGAGCUCUGCACGCAGAUCUUCAUGUGAGCCAACCCCAGAGAGUGAGAGAGAGAGAGAGAGAGCAAGUGAGAGAGAGAAAGAGAAACAGAGAGAGAGAGAGAGGGACUUCCUACCCUCCUCAUCCACCGGAAUGACUUGGGACGGGGAGGGGAAGUGAGACAGUGCGAGUAAGAGAGAGAGAGAGAGAGAGGGAGUUAGUGAGAGAGAGAAAGAAAGAGAGAGAGAGUUUGUGUGUACGUGUGUGAGUGAGAGAGCGAGAGAGAGAGAGGCUCUCUGGACCUACGUAGGGGAAACUGCAUGUCAGUGUGUUGGUUGGUAGCAGGGGCUGGCUGGCUAGCUUGAAGGACUCGCUAUGAAGACCCAGACAAAGGAAGGCAAUGCCUGCUGCCACUACCACUACACUACCACCACUACCACUACCGCCACGACUGCCGACACCUCCUUCGUCGUCACCCUUUGCGCUGUUGCUGCCUCUGCUGCCGCCGCUGCCACUACCACCACCACCACCACCAGCACCAGCACAAGCAGCACCACUGCUACUGCUACUACAGGGGACGUCCGCUCGCUCUCUCCCCAGCACUGAGGACUCUCAGGACGGACAAGGGGACUUACUCGUCCAGCCCUGACUCGCUUUACACACCGGAGAUUUCCCCCGAGCGGACGAGGCCGGCAGCAGUCACUAGGAAAUGAUCCCACAUGAAGCCCAGAGAACGCUCCUUCACAGCAGGCCCUCCUGUACACACUUCAGACUGAGAGCCAGGCCUUGCAGACCUUAAAAACGCUACCACACAGUGAGAGACAGACAGACAAAUAGAGAAGAAGAAGAAGGAGUAACGAGAAACAAACACACAGUCACAGAACGUGGAAAGAUAGAGGAAGUGUCACGGAGACAGAGAAAGACAAGAGUGGGAAAGAUAGAGCGUGAAAGAACCAAAGACAAAAAGAGGACUUCUAAAAACACCUUGGACAGGAAAACAACCGGCAUCCUCUCUUUAACUUGGACAUAAAGGCCUAUAAAAAAAGAAGCAGAAGAAGGAAAGAGGAAGAGAAAGAAAGCAAAGUGGCACCAUGAAGCCGAGUCAGGAGCGCGGCAAUGAAUGCCUGCCCCCCAAGAAGCGGGAGCUGCUGGUGCUGGAGGAGCGGGCCCUGGCCGCGGUCGGGGAGAGCCAGCGUGGGGAGAACCUGGCCUGGCUAGCCAGCGUGGCCAGCAUGGCCUCCAUGGCUCCGGUGGGUGGCACCGCCCAGAGUAAUAACAACAACAACGGUGGGGGUAACGGCACCGUUGAGUCCCAGAGUCCCCCGUCGCACGAGAUCCUGUCUGUGGUGACCGAGUUCCACCCGUCCCCUCUCCUCUCUACGUGUACGACGUCAUUAUCUUCGUCGUCGGCUUUCUCCUCGUCUUUGUCCACUACCUCCGUGUGUAGAGGAGUCUCCACCACCACCACAGGGGCUGUUUCCCAGCCCGCUCACUCCGCUGUCUUCUCCACUAGCCUGGCCCAGCCAUCCGGGACCGUCCAGUACGCCCCGCUCCCUCACAACCUGCAGCUCAUCGGGCCCUACACGGGCUACAUCUCCUCCCAGGUGCUGCCCUCCGCAGGCAGCCCUGCCACACAGCCACAGCGGUCCCAGGCAGAGGCCUACGUCACAGCCGUCGUCUCCCAGUCGGCCUCCAAUGGUAACGGAGAUCACCACCACCACCAACAGCAUCACCAACCGCUCCUUCAACAGCAGCAACAGCAGCAGCAGGGACUGGGGACGGCAACGCUGGCCGUGUCUGGAGGCGUCAGCUCCCCUGUCCCCCACCUCACCCAGCCCUCCACCCAGUGUAUCCAGCUGGACGGCUCCUCUCUGGGGGUGUCAGUCACCUCCCCAACAGCCCAGCUGCCGCUGCACAUCCACCCCCACAGCGCCACCGUCCUCACUCCGCACACCCUCACCCUGGGCACCUCCCAGCUCCUGGUGCACUACGCGGACGCUCCCCCUCCGGCAAAGCUAGCCGAUGGUCAGACGCGGGAGCUCUACAACGGGGAGGUCCUGGAGACGGGCGUGGGCAGGCAUGCUGGUGUAGUAAAGGUCACAUCAGGGCAUGACGGCAGCGACCCGCGGUCCCAGGCCCAGAGCGUCAGCCUGGCAGCUCGCACCCAGGUGUUGCUGCCGGCGGAGUACAGCCAGGAGAGCCAUGGUCUGCACACCUCCCUCAUGCUGGUGCCUAGCAGUGCCGCCGAGCUCCAGCGCAGCCUCACAGGCAAGGACCUUGCAACCCUGCCCCGGGCCGCAGAGAAAGGAGGCAGCAUCUGCCUGGGAAAGCCCAUCUCCAGAGACUCCCGGGACUCCAGAGGCUCCACGCUGUCUCUGUCCUCGCUCGAGAGCCUGGCCUCCCCGGCGCCCACCCUGUCCCCCCACACGCUCCUCCAGACGACGCACGCCACCACCCAGGAGAUGGCGACGGGCAUCUACUCCGCCACCCCUCUGCCCAUCAUCGGGUACAUCUCCGGAGGCGCAUCCCAGCAACCCGGCGGCUACCCCGGCAACCUGACGCAGCACCUUCUCAUCUCCGGCAGCCCGUCUCUCCUCAUCCCCGUCAGUGCCGCGACGGGAACAGCACCCGGGGGAGGGGAAAGCGAGGCCACCACCCAGACGGUGGUCAGCUCUCCCUCUGUUAUGGUCUCCUCAAUCAACCCCCAGCCUUCGCUAGUGCAAGCACCCCCUCUCGCUGCGGCCACCCACGCCUACGUCAGCCCCAUCCCCAUCGCGACCCUCCCGGACCCGGUCGCCGCAAUACCAGACAGCCAGCAGAACCACCACCACCAUCACCACCACCACCAAGUGGUCCAGGUGUCUCCACAGCCGACUCACAUGGUCCAGAUUCCCUCGCAGCCGGCGACUCCCACAGCCUGCCCCACAGCCUCGCUGCCGCCUUACUUCAUGCGCGGCUCCAUCAUUCAGCUGGCGGAUGGGGAGCUGAAGCGGGUGGAGGACCUCAAGACGGAGGACUUCAUCCAGAGUGCCGAGGUGAGCGGCGACCUCAAGAUCGACUCGAGCACCGUGGAGCGCAUCGACUGCAGCCAGACGCCCGACGUGGUCGUGAUACAGUUCUCCGUGGGGGAGCAUAAAGCACAGGUGAGAGUGGAAGUCCUGGUCGAGUACCCGUUCUUCGUAUUUGGGCAAGGGUGGUCCUCCUGCUGCCCGGACAAAACCACUGAGCUCCUGGAGCUGUCCUGUGCUAAGCUUUCCGUGGGCGACGUUUGCAUCUCGCUGACGCUAAGGAGCGUGCGGAACGGUACGCUGCUGCGGAAAGAUCAGACCACAGACGCUGUGACGGGCAUGAACAACAACAGCCUCUCCCAAACCUCGGCCAAACCCGCCAAGGGUGGAGGCGGGCCACCCAGAGAUCAGGAAGCCCAGAGGGAGGGCCUGGAAAAUGGGCCAAGGUUAGUGGAUCACCGUGGCGCGCCUGGAAGAGGAGAAGCAGCAGCAGGUAACCAGGGAGCUGGGGAGCAGCAGCGGCAGCAGCAGCACAUCAGGACGGUGCAGACACACCAGACUCUCAUCGUGGAGAACGGGAGGAGAGAGGAGGCCAAGACGGGGAAAGUGCCCCCCGCAGCAGAGUCCGCGGUAGCGGGCACGGUCACGGAGCGGCCGGCGGGCGGACGCAAGAGGCGGUGGUCAGCCCCUGAGAAUCGGGAGGCCGAGCGACUGUACGAGGAGACGCCUCCCUCGACGCUGCCCAAGCUGGCUUUCAUUCCUCAGGAGGUCAAACUCAGCAUUGAGGGCAGGUCAAGUACUGGUCGCUAAGGAGCGCUGGCCUUCUCUGGUGCGCAGAGGGACAGUGGCAGGUGUACAAGAGAAGAAAAAAAACACCACAAAGUUCUUUGUGUUUGUGAUUAAUAUACACGUUAAAAAAGACCUAUAUAAAUAUAUAUAUAUAUAUAUUUUCCUUUCUAUCCUGAUUACUGUAACUUUUGCUCAAUUUACACAGUAUUUACUUCUUCUCUGACUGUUCGCUUCGUUUUUUGUAACCACACGUAGACCUCCUUCGAAGUGAGUUGCACAGGGAGUCAGAUAGUCGGUCGUUGGUCGAGGACAGGAGUUGAGUUGGCAUGGAGACGUCCAGUGCAUACUACUGCAUUCUAGUACUGGAUGGCGAGAUGUCCAGGCACAGCUUUUGACGUGAAUGUGUUAUUUCCCCUUCUCCAUGCUUUCCAGAUUAGGGGAGAGAGCGAUGCUAGUUCCAGCCUGUUCAGUUGCUGCUCCUUCCCCUUCCUCCCUCCCUCCCUCCCUCCCUUGCCAUUGGCCCAUGAACACACAGAUGGAAAAACUACAGUGCUAUCAGCUAACAUGCUACUUAACUGUGUAUAUCGUUCACUCUGACUUUCUACACGUGUGAACGGGACUCGUUCUUGUACAUGGAGAUUCAGGCAAAUGGGUAUGCUAACUAGACUGUUAGCCAUAAACAGGGCCAGAGUAUAAACAUGGCAGCUUGGGAGGACCUACAAGGAGCAAUAACUUGCAUUUUUUCAGUUUUAUCCAGAAGAAAGAAAGUCAGUAUAGGGCAGUAAUUACAUACGUGGUUAUUCCGGAGGUGGAAAGGUUUCUAAGAAAGUAAUAUUUUUGCAUCAAAACCAACCAACCGACAAACCAACCAACCAGUGGCAGAUGCCAACAGCAUGUCGCAAGAGCAAGCAAAGCGCUGGAUCAUGUCUGAUCCGGUGUCCGGGUGCUUUCAGACGCGUGUUGUAGUAGCACUUUACCUAACACAAAGCAUACUCACAGAUGGAAAACACCCACCUCUGUUAUGUAUCCACGGCAACAGGGCGUGUUAGUGGGAAUUGCAUAUGAUGUCAGCGCCAUCCUGUCUGUUGCAGUCUGUCCUGAGUGACCUCAAAACCAUUGCAUACAGCUCACACCGGUCUCUUUCUAGGGUUAGACUGACUGUAUGUGAGCAAAACUACUUAUUUUAGAAUUCAGUGGAGCAGAAAUAGCUGGUGCUAGUUACUUGACUUAACAUGCAGGUCCAAGAGAAGUUGUUUUUAUUUUUUUAUUUUUUUGCUUGUUCUGUUUCGGUGGGAGUGUAGAUCAUAGACAAUGUGUAGGUGUUACAUGAAUGUAAGCUGCUUAUCUGUUCCAGUUAUCGAUUUUAGUAGGCCCUCAGUGCUAUGCCCUUGUAACAUUUAGCAGAAAAUGAAUUCAUAAAACUGACUGUGUAUUUCUGUUUGGGAGUGCUAUGUUAAGAAGAGAGUGUUUGUCUGGAACUGAAAUCCGGCAUAGUUUUUAAAAAAAAGCAUAUGAGUAAGAAACAUUUGAGUUAGCCACGGCCUACCUUUGUCCCUGCUAAAUACAGAGCACACUUUGCAGCUCCAAAGAGUAUAGGUUUGACCAGAUGACUAUGACAUGGGCUGACCAGGAACAGGGUUGCCAGAUUUGACGGUUUCCUGCCCAAUUGGGCUGUUUAGAAUGACCAUCUGUGGAUAUAGAAUGUGUAAUGGGUGGGGUUUUCUGUAGAUUUAUUGCCAUGGCAAUCAAUUAAAUUUUGUACAAACCGGGCAGGAUUUAGUGCCUCCAGGAGGGGUUUUUGAGCAUUUAUUGGGCUGGAAAUUACCAGUCAUAUCUGGCAACCCAGGACAGGGGAAUAGGCCCGAUAUGCCUUAGGUGUGUACUGACAACUCCCCCUCAAACCUUUUGCUGUAAGCCAGCGUAAGGUCAGAGGUCAUCCAGACUUUUCAAAGGGAAACUAGAUAAUGAAACAAAACAAAUCAGCCUGACAUACUGUGUGACGUUAACCUUCAAUCUAGAGUAAGCAUACUCAGUCGUGUACACACAUUUUUUUCUUUUACUUAUAGUAUUAUCUUGCUCUAUUCAAACACGUUUAUCACUGGGUGGAUCUGUGAUGCAGUUUUAGGGCACUGUUGAACCAAAAGUUGGCAUUCCCCAAACGCGUAGGAUGUUUUAAAAUCAUAUUUUGAAGUUUGACUCCUAAUACUUUAUGAAGCCCCACACACACACACACACACACACACACACACACACACACACACACACACACACACACACACACACACACACACACACACACACACACACACACACACACACACACACACACACACACACACACACACACACACACUAGCGACAGCAGCAAGCAUACUGCAUCAUGGGUCAACAGAUUAACCAAACACUCUCAAAGGAAGGCUACAAACAAACACUCCGAAAGACACAAUGAGCUCAUUGUGCUCCUGUUUGCAGUUACAGUAAGAAAAACGUUGCUUAGUUUCUGGUCAUAUAUACAUUUGUCAAAUUUCUUUUUUUUUACCGCCUGCAACCUCUGGCUAUACACACAGUAUGCAUAUUCAACAUUCUCUGCACAGAUUGCAUAACCUCUGACUAUAAACUAGUCUUUGAGUUUUGCUUGGGAACACAGCCCAUCUGUGAACGGGUGUGAGUUUUCUAUGUACUGUACAUUUUGUGUGCGUAUGUGUGUGUGCAUGCGUACAUGUGUUUGUAUUUGUGUGUGUGAAUGUGCUUGUGUGUGUGUGUGUUGUGUUGGAUCUUGUUGUCAGAGCGAGAUAGAGAGAGAGAGAGAGAGAGCAAGAGAGAGACAGAGAGAGAGAGCGAGAGACAGACAGAGAGAGACAGAGAGGCUCUUGUCUGCUUGCAAAGCUGACAGAUGUUAGUGUGUGAUGUGAUGAUAUAGCGCCACACUACAGUCUCCAUGCGUGGUCUCGUCUGUGUAAAUCCUAACGUAUUUAAGGCUCUCGUCAUGGUGGUGUGUAAGUGGCUGGCUGUCCACAAAGCAAACCUUUCAGCCUGGUGACAGUGCAGGCGAGGGGGACUAUUUAGGAAACCUAACUCCAUACGGCUCCCACCCUACCUUUUGUAAUGGUACUUCAACAGGCCCCAUAGACUGACAAAGCAUCGCCCGCUUUUCUUGUCUCCAUUGUGUCAUUUGUGUGGAAAGCAUCGCAGAUGAACAAGGAUUUGGUUUAUCUUAAGAUCUAACACCCCCCCCUCCUUCUUCCCGUUCCCUGACACUUUGCUGAAUGCACACACAAUUUCCCCCUCCAGUAGCCUACCUGUUUUCUAGAAAUAUAUAGGCCUAAUUGUGCAAUAAUGUGCUUGGUGGUGUGAUACAGUUUUUUGGUUCAUCACAUAUUUCAAAUGAUAUGGUGUAGGUGAGUGUGUGUGAAUGGCCUAUUUUUUGGACGUCAUUCUCUUGAAAAAAAAAACAAUUUUGCGAUUUGCACAUCUAGAUAGGUAGUUUUGAUGAAAAAACAUGCGUUCAGAGUCUUCAGUGUAGCCUGUUAUCACUACCUCGACGAAUGAGGUUGGUGUUGUUUAGCAUUAGAAUUUUGGUGUGACUGACGUGUUCACCAUUGUAGCGCUUCUUUAAACCAUGUGUCAAAAUCAUCCGCUAUCAUCAUUCUUCCUGCAGUGUUGAAAUUUGUUAGCGCAUUAAGAGAAAAAAACAAAAA